CUAUCGCCUCCUCUCUUCGUUAAGUUCCGCCGCCACUUCGGUAACUUCCGCCGGUUCGGUCGGAAAUGGCCGAAGACGUGCGAGACCCAGCGGUUUAAGGGGAGAAGACCGGCCGGCUUCUCGGAAUAAACCAACUGUGUCCGGCCCGUGGGGGGGGAGCAGGGGAGGGCGGACGAAGCGGGAAGACGAGGCAGCGGCUAUGGCUCCCCCCCCAGCCACUCGCGGCUCUGCCGGGAGGGCGAAGUGAGGGCGCCGAGAGGCUCCAGACAGAUGAGUAGAGAGCUGGCUGCAGAAGAGGGACAGAUUCCAGUCUGCCAGCUGCUCACCGUGUACAGAGGGAAACCCUUGAGAUCAGCACUGGGAGAAAGAAGAGAGGUGGAGAAGGAGUUGAUGUGAGAUGUGGGACAGGUCUGAGCCAAGGAGCUGAGGGACAACAGGAAUGGCAGAGCUUCACCCUCCCAGCAGCGAUGAGAGAGACUGACAGUGCUACGAGUCCCUCCUGGCUCCGUCUGCACGACGGCUGCUGCCUCUGCAUAUUCAUCGGAUGGUAAUGCAGGAUGUCGGCAGCAGUGGUAGAGUUUGGCUCAGUCCCACUGCGUUUUUCUUCUGCCGGUUGCGACUCUGAAUCACCAUGACAACGCUGUGACACUUCCAGCAAAGGUUGCCCACGGACCAAGGGUGGGCUGGGGGUGGGCGAGAAGGUCAAUGAUCGAGUCUGACGGGAUCAGAAGUUGCGCCUGCAGCAAAACGACUGUGGAAGAGCCGCCGGCACGGCAAGAAGAUGAAAUUCCCCUUCCACUGGCUUCUUGUUGAGCAGGCACAAUAACAUUUCCCUGCGAGAGACUCGCUGUAAAAACUCUUUUGGUUAUGGCUACUGAUCCAACGUGAUUGCGCGCGCGGCGACUUUGGAACUCAUGACUGGCUAUACGAUGUUGCGCAAUGGGGGAGUGGGGAACGGAGGCCAGCCGUGGGUGUUGAGGUGGUCCAGUCGGAUCCGGCUCACCUGGCUUAGCUUCACCCUCUUCGUCAUCCUCGUUUUCUUCCCCCUCAUUGCCCACUACUACCUGACCACCAUCGACGACGCGGACGAUGCCGGCAAGCGCAUCUUCGGCCCCCGCACCGGCAACGAGCUGUGCGAGGUGAAGCACGUGCAGGACCUGUGCCGCAUCCGCGAGUCGGUCAGCGAGGAGCUGCUCCAGCUCGAGGCCAAGCGGCAGGAGCUCAACAGCGAGAUCGCCAAGCUCAACUUGAAGAUCGAGGCUUGCAAGAAGAGCAUUGAAAAUGCCAAGCAGGACCUGCUGCAGCUGAAGAACGUCAUCAGUCAGACUGAGCAUUCCUACAAAGAGCUGAUGGCUCAGAACCAGCCCAAGCUCUCCUUGCCCAUCCGGCUGCUGCCAGACAAGGACGACGCGACCUUCCCCCUGCCAAAAUCCAACAGGAACUGCAGGCUGCACAACUGCUUUGACUACUCACGCUGCCCGCUGACGUCUGGCUUUCCAGUCUAUGUCUACAACAGUGAUGAUUUCCCUUUUGGUAGUUCCUUAGACCCUUUAAUUAAACAGGCCUUUGAGGCGACUGUCAGAACUAAUGUUUAUGUUACUGAAAAUGCAAAUAUUGCUUGCGUGUAUAUAAUUUUAGUGGGGGAAAUGCAAGAGCCCGUCAUGCCAAAACCUACUGAACUAGAGCAACAGUUGCACUCUUUGCCAUAUUGGAGGACUGAUGGACACAACCAUCUCAUCAUCAAUCUGUCGAGGAAGUCGGAAACUCAGAACUUCAUUUACAACAUCAGCACGGGGCGCGCCAUGAUCGCCCAGUCCACCUUUUACGACGCCCAGUAUCGGCCGGGGUUUGACAUCGUGGUGUCACCUCUGGUCCACGCCAUGUCCGAGCCCAACUUCCUGGAGAUCCCGCCCCAGGUGCCGGUCAAGCGUAAGUACCUGUUCAGUUUCCAGGGGGAGAAGAUCGAGUCCCUGCGCUCCAGCUUGCAGGAGGUUCGCUCUUUCGAAGAGGAGAUCGAAGGCAACGCCCCGGCCGACUACGACGACCGGAUCAUCACCACCUUGAAGGCCGUUCAGGACAGCAAGCUGGACUUUGUUCUGGUGGAGUUCACAUGUAAGAACCAGCCUAAGGCGAGUCUGCCCACUGAGUGGGCUCUGUGUGGAGAAAGGGACGACAGACUAGAGCUACUGAAGCUUUCUACUUUUGCACUGAUCAUCACCCCCGGGGACACCCAUUUAGUGAUCUCCGCCGGGUGUACCAUGAGACUGUUUGAGGCUCUGGAAGUUGGGGCCAUCCCGGUGGUUCUCGGAGAGCAAGUUCAGCUACCCUACAACGAUGUGAUCCGGUGGAACGAGGCAGCCUUAAUUAUACCAAAGCCACGUAUCACAGAAGUGCACUUUCUUCUGAGAAGCAUUUCUGACAAUGAUCUCCUUGCCAUGAGGAGGCAGGGCCGCUUCUUGUGGGAGACCUACUUCUCCACCUCCGACAACGUCUUCAGCACAGUCUUAGCUAUCAUAAGGACUCGAAUCCAAAUCCCGGCUGCUCCUAUCCGAGAAGAACCCGCCGUGGAGAUCCCCCACCGGUCUGGCAAAGCUGCUGGUACAGACCCCAAUAUGGCAGACAAUGGUGACCUGGACUUGGGGCCCGUGGAAACCGAGCCGCCCUACGCCUCUCCCAAAUAUCUCCGCAAUUUCACCCUCACCGCCAUGGAUAUCUACAGGAAUUGGAAUUCUGCCCCGGGGCCUUUCCACCUCUUCCCCUACACUCCCUUUGACCCCGUUUUACCAUCAGAAGCAAAAUUUUUGGGGUCUGGGACUGGAUUUCGACCAAUUGGUGGAGGAGCAGGUGGCUCUGGGAAGGAGUUCCAGGCUGCUUUGGGUGGCAACGUCCCGCGGGAGCAGUUCACGGUGGUGAUGUUGACUUACGAGCGGGAGGAAGUGUUGAUGAACUCCCUAGAAAGGCUCAAUGGGCUCCCCUACUUAAACAAAGUUGUGGUGGUGUGGAACUCUCCCAAGCUUCCCUCCGAGGAUCUCUUGUGGCCGGACAUUGGCGUCCCCAUCAUGGUGGUGCGCACGGAGAAGAACAGCCUCAACAACCGCUUCCUGCCCUGGGACGAGAUCGAGACCGAGGCCAUCCUGUCCAUCGACGACGACGCCCACCUGCGCCACGACGAGAUCAUGUUCGGCUUCAGGGUGUGGAGAGAGGCCAGGGAUCGCAUCGUGGGCUUCCCGGGGCGCUACCACGCCUGGGACAUCCCCCACCAGUCCUGGCUCUACAACUCCAACUACUCCUGCGAGCUCUCCAUGGUGCUCACUGGUGCUGCCUUCUUCCACAAGUACUAUGCCUACCUGUACUCCUACGUGAUGCCCCAGGCCAUCCGGGACAUGGUGGAUGAGUACAUCAACUGCGAGGACAUCGCCAUGAACUUCCUGGUGUCCCACCUGACCAGGAAACCUCCCAUCAAGGUGACCUCCCGCUGGACCUUCCGCUGCCCCGGCUGCCCCCAGGCGCUUUCCCACGACGAUUCCCACUUCCACGAGCGGCACAAGUGCAUCAACUUCUUUGUGAAGGUGUACGGGUACAUGCCCCUGCUCUACACCCAGUUCCGCGUCGACUCGGUCCUCUUCAAGACCCGCCUGCCCCACGACAAGACCAAAUGCUUCAAGUUCAUCUAGAGCUGGGCGAGCUGGACGCUGCCAGCUCCCAGAGAGGUGGCACGGGGCUGCUUUGGUGGGCUGGGAGUGCACAAGGCUGUGGCAAACGGGCCAGCCUGGACUGGGACAGGCUCUUCCCACAGUGACUCACCCGGACAGGGAGUGGGACCCCAUGGCUGCUGUGAGGACACACCCACGGAUCGUACACUGAGGAAUGGCUCGCUGGCCACUGGCUCUGCCCCUUUGCUAGCCAAGGGCAGCCGUUCUUUUUAAUUAUAAUUAUUGUUAUUUAAAAUGAAAGUGUUUUAGAUUUGCCACAUAAGGCGCUUUUUUGUUUUCUUUUCUUUUCCCUCCCCUCUCCCCACCCCAUUUCCCCCUCUGGACCCUUCAGCCUAUCCCAGGAGACUGUAGCAAGGCCAGGUUGAGGUGUUUGGGUGCAGCGUCCUGUUACCACUGCUGUCCCCAUCCUUCCUCCCAUGGCACAGCCCUUCCCACCCACCAGAUCCUGGCUUCUCUUGCCCUGUGGCUACUACUGAGGCCUCUCAGUGUCACCUGGUGAGGAGCCCUUUGCUCUGCUCCCCACCCUGAGCCCCUGGAGAGGGGUGAGGUUGGCCUGGAUGGUCCUUCCUGGCUCCAGCUCUGCCCCUGGGCUGUUCCCGAGCCGCAGCCUGGGGGGUUCAGUUGCUGCUGUCUCAGAGUCUUUUCCACCUCGUCCUGCUGAUCCUCUAAAGACAGGGAGUGUGUUUGGGGCUUAGGGAACAUCCACCUGCAGCACAGCCAGGGCUGGGGGUGCUCCAGGCUCCUGAAGGCUCUGAAGGCUCUGACCCUUCUCUGUGCUCAGCCUGGGUGUGCCAGAGCUGCGAUUCCCACUCUGCCUCGUCCCCCUCCCAGAGUGCUCCAUGGCCCUGUCGGGUUUGCUGUGGGCCUCAGCACAGCUGCCUUAACCCCAGCCCAUCCUCACAGCCUGGCUUUGGGCUGUGUCCGAGGUUUAAUCCCAACAGGAGCUUCCCAGGGUGUGAUGCUGCUGGGAUCACUUUCACAGUGUGGGUUUGGAGCUGGUUCCUCUCCCCCAGAGCAAAAUGCUGUCACACUGUGACCACCCGGGCUCAGCUGCUGCUCCAUCCUGCCUCAGGCCCAGCUGGACAAGAGGGGAGCACAGGAGGGAAGGGCAGAGCUUGGCCCUCAUGUGAUGUUCUCCCUGAGCACAUCCCAGGUGUUUGUGAGCAGCCUGGAGAAGCUCUUGCUGGGUAGGUGGCAAAGUGGCACUUGUGUGGUCACCUCGAUGUCCCUGGUUUUCCUGGAUGUCACCCCUGGUGUGUGGGAGCAGGGAUGGUCCAGCAGCAGCUCCUGGGCUCAUUCCUGAGGUCAGCCCUGCCUGUGCUCCUCUUGCACCACGUUUUGGGGCCCUCCAAACUCCUCUCCCUAGGUUUUCCUAUCAGCACUGACACUUCCUCUGUGGGGAGGGAAGGAGCAGCCUGUUCCUAGCAGAGCCCAUGGCUCGUGCCUUCACCAGCACCACUGACCACAGCAAAACACGGAUCAAGGAAUCUUUUCCUAUUUUUUCCCCCUCCUUUCCAUUCCCUUUUUGUUUUAACAUCAGAUGCCCAAAAAUGCAGCACGUGAAGUCUCAGUCUGCUUAAAAAUGCCAUGGGAGACCCCUGCAAGGCCCUGGAACACCUGGAAGGGUUCUCUGCCCCUGCCCGGGGUGGAAAUGUGGCACUUGUCUGGAGCUGUGUCAGCUCCAGCAUUCCUGAGGGGCCUGAGCUCCUCUUCCAGGGCUUUAAUUCCCCCCUCAUUAGUGGGGUUCGUUAGCAGCGAUGCCGUGGCUCAGGUACAGCCCAGGCCCGGGGUCAGCUCUGCCUUCCCAGCCCUCCUGGAGCACGGAGUGAUGUGGGCACAGACUGCACUUCAUCCAACACAGGCACUGCUCAGCAGCCUCCAGCCUUUCCAAAAUCCGAAGGGAAGGGUUAUUCCAGUGAGAGCCUGGGGGAGCAUGGAUGGGAUGGGAAGAGUUGGCAUUCCCAGGGUGUCCUGGGACUCGGGAUGCUCAGGGUGUCGGAGCCCCAGGCAGGGAAUUCUGCUCUCCCUUGCUGAGGUUUGAUUUGAGGCCAGUUGAGAUCAGGAAUCAGCAGAACAAAUCCAGCUGUUCUUCCUCACUCUCUUUGGCCUUUUCCCAAGCUGUUUUUUUUUUUUUGCUGGGAGGGUCCCCCUGUCCACUGUGCUGGAGCAGGGACAGGAUGUGCAGUGGGAUCUCUCUGUGUGACAUGGGAUGAAUUCCUCCCUGCUGAGUGCCCCUAAAGGGGAAGGAUUUGGGGGUGAAGGGGUAAAGAGGCUGCUCCUGGGAGAUACCUGGGCAGCAGCAGCGUUGGGAGGGAUGGGAUUAUGUGGGGAAAUGAAAUGCCAGCAGGAACAUCUUCCCCACCCACAGGGCUGGUGCUGCCCCUCCCAGUCCUACUGCUGCAGCUCUUUCCCAAAUCAUCCCAACCACCAUGGAACCCCCUGGAGUACAGGAGUGGCAUUCACAGCUCAGCUUUCUGCUCCUGAGACAUGCCAGCACCUGAGCUGUCUUGAGGCCCCUCCACCAGGGAGGAGAGGGAGCUUUUCCAGAGAGUGCUCCCUCCCGUGCCACCAUCCCAAACAUCCUUCCUUGCUCCCACCCAUCGUUCUCCCGGGAUCUUCAGGGCAUCCCAGGGUCACUCCAAAGCUCAGGUUUGGUUGUAUGAUCCAUCCCAGCUCCUGGGGCACGUGGCCUCCACCAUCCCAGCCCUGAGGAGACGGGAAGGGCUCUUGGCAGCUGCACCUUUUCCCUCUUCCAGAGUUUCUGCUGCUUGCCCCAGGCACGGAGCGAGGCCUUUCCCGCUGUAAAUAGCAACGACUGAGGUGACACGGCCCCGGCCCCGCCCGUGUCACACGGCCCUUGCCCUCCCCUUGUGCCCACGGUGCUGUGAGCACCAGGAUUUCAAAUCCAACAGGAACUGAGAGACAAGGAACACUCCUUCAACACGAGCACAAUGUUGAGUUUUUUGUAAAAGGUUCCAAUAAAUGGAGAGUUUAACUUGG